AAUUUGAACUAAUUCCCAUGCAAUUUGCACUUUCUCUUUUCUUCUUUCUACAUCUAUAAAAAUGCAUAUUUAUGAAAUCUGCGCUACACGAUAACAGUGUGCCCGAAAAUGGCAGCGUUGAAGGAUGUUGUGCCUGUGUACAAAAAUUUGAAAGAUGAAUGGGCGGCGACUCCGUGUAAUUUGAAGAAAUGCGGCGAACUACUCAAUCAAUUAAAGGUUGGUCUUACGCAUUUAAUGUUUCUGCCAACAUCGAAUAGCACAGCUAGUCAAAAUGAAUUACUCAUAGCACGUGAUAUUUUAGAGAUUGGUGCACAAUGGAGCAUUGUGACCGAAGAUAUACCUUCUUUUGAACGCUACAUGGCGCAAUUGAAGUGUUAUUAUUUCGAUUAUAAAUCGGGAUUGAUGGAGUCUGCAUACAAGUACCACCUUCUUGGCUUGAAUCUGUUGUUCCUGCUGUCUCAGAAUCGCGUGGCCGAGUUUCACACAGAAUUGGAAUUACUGCCUUCGGAUCAAAUACAAUCCAACGUUUAUAUCAGACAUCCUCUGAGCUUGGAACAGUAUUUAAUGGAAGGUUCAUACAACAAGAUAUUCUUGGCAAAGGGCAACGUGCCGGCAGCGUCUUACAAUUUCUUUAUAGAUAUUUUGUUGAACACCGUCCGGGAUGAGAUAGGAGCGUGUAUGGAAAGUGCGUACGACAAGAUCUCCAUUCAGGACGCUUCGAGGAUGUUGAAUCUGAGCUCGGAGGAUGACAUGAAAGCGUUUGCAGCGAAAAAGAACUGGACUGUAGCGAAGGACAGUUAUUUCUACUUCAGUACAACCAGCGAGAAGAAAACUGAAGAGCCAAUUCCCAGCGCUGAUCUGGCCACACUAGCAAUCGACUAUGCAAGGGAACUUGAAAUGAUUGUUUAAAUAUAUGCAUUUUCCUCUAUUAGGUAUAAAUAAAGUUUGUCAUAUAAUUAUUA